AUGGCUAGUAUGGAACAAGAAUUAUUGCCAUUUCUUGAAAAUAUUUCAUCCUAUUCUGAUGAUAUUUUCUAUAAAUUCGUCAGAGAAUUUGUUGGUGUCAUAGAAAGUGAAAUUUUAGAAAUACGACGUAUAAAAAAUGUUCGAAUUUUAUUACAAGUACCAGAUGUAUUUUUAUUUUUUCAAAUAAAUUCUAAAGACAUAUUAAAAUUAAAAGAAAAAGCUUGUUUUGUUACGGAUGAUUUGCAGUUUAUUGUACGACCAGGGAUUAAAUCUAAUAUCGAACAAUUUAUUGAAGCAUUGAAAAAGUAUUACGAAUCAACAUCAACUAAUGUCAAUUAUAUUUCAUCUCAAAGAACAUCAAACUCAGAAGACUCAACUGGUGUUAUUAGUUCGGUAUCUUACGAUAGUAGAAACGAUUGUUUUAUUGGAUUUUCUCCUCGAUUAGUAAAUGGUUUACCUUUUGUCGACCAAUUCAAAACCAAUAGUUACACCGAAUUGCAACAAUGGUUUGAAGAUUUUGAUAAAUCCACAUUAGUAAAUGCACAUUUAGUCGAACCUUUAUUAAGCAAUUCUUCAUCAUUAGUUCACUCACGACCAUGUAUUCUUUCUGCUUAUGGAACAAAUAAUAAAUAUACUGCUAUAGAUGUUCUUCGAAAAUGGAUGUAUUUGUAUAAUGAAUGUAAAAAAAGAAAUAUUAACGUUGUCGGUUUUUCAACGGAUUGUGAUCCGUGUUACCUCAAAGCUAUGCAAUUGUCCUUAGGUUUCUUCACUAAAGCACCAAACAUCGAUUUAUUAACUGGCAAUAAUAAUUUACUUGAAACCAAUAUUGCGUCACAUUGA